AAAUGCCAUUAAAAACACUUCAACUAACAGUACAGACGACUCGCGAUUUAAGUCACAAUUAAGGGUUACAGACAAACCAUUUGAUCCCAAAACAGAUCUCAAGACAUCACUUUUGUUGACACAGUUUUCUCAAUGCAAUUAUGAACUCAAUGUUGCGUUUCGUUUGCAAACCAAACCAGUUUUGGGUGUUGAACAAUAGGCUAAUUAGUCUACUGGACACACAUUGUUUGCCGUCGCUGUCAUCGAUGGCCAACACUCGCCGACACGAGACAACCACCACAUCCACCACCAACUCGUCGACCACCACUUCUUCGACCGCCAACACAUCGCUGGUCUCAUUGGCCGACACUGUGCUGACCAAAGCAUACGAGUCCCGCAAUCCCGACUCAGAGCUGAUCCGUCUUUGCGACACGUAUUACGCGUCCGAUAAGGAGACGAAAGACCGGUUGCUAUGCUUUAUAGCUGACGAUCUGGCCGUCCACUCGCCUCAGGCCACCGCCGCUGUCAACAAUUUUCUGUCCGCAAAAACAGUUCCCGCCGACUCCGAGGACUUUGUGAUGUCUGUGGACAAACUGCGGUCACAGUUGCGGCCAAAGUAUUACCAACUCUUUAGCCAAAUAUCACGUCUGGAAAAUGGCGUCAAAUUCAUUGUCGACAUGCGUUCAGAUCUUCGGUCGACACUUAACAGCCCAAACCACGACCGGCUAACGUCCGUAAGGUUGCGAUCGCUAAGCAAUUAUCUCAAAGACCUGCUCGGCCUCUGGUUUUCGGUCGGUUUCUUAAAUCUUGAGAGAAUUACGUGGAAUUCGCCCACUUCUAUGCUCCAGAAGAUCUCUGAGUACGAAGCGGUGCAUCCGAUGCGCUCGUGGGCUGACCUGAAGCGCCGACUCGGUCUCUACCGCCGGUGUUAUGUCUACUCUCACAGUUGCCUUCCAUCCGAGCCGCUCGUCAUUCUUCACGUGGCCUUAACGCCCACCAUAUCGUCAUCUAUUCAACAUAUCAUCAAACGGACAGUCCGUACGCCGAGCCUAAUGGACGAGAACUUUGUUUCGCUGCCAAAGGACACGUUCGGCGUGAAGGAGGAGUCCAAGGGUCUGGACGCCGCCAUUUUCUACUCAAUCACUUCCAGUCAAAGAGGUCUUCACGGGAUAGAGUUGGGCAACCAAUUGAUCAAACGAGUGGUACGGGAGUUGCGAUCGGAGUUCCCAUUGAUCUCGCAGUUCUCCACACUGUCACCGGUGCCCAACUUCUCGGAGUACCUCUUGUCUGAGAUGCAGGCCAUUCAAAAUGGCGAUCACCAGAAGCAGCGGGCGCUGGUCACCGAUGAGGAGUUCCAGAGUUUGAAACGGCACUUCUUCGGCGACUACUCCGAUGUGUCGGAUGUGUGGCCGCGACUGAUGGCACUCAUUAAGAGUAACCAAUGGGUGGAUGACGAGAGGCUGACAGAGCUCUUGCGGGCGCCGUUGAUGCGGAAGUGCGCCCAUUAUCUCUAUAAUGAGAAACGUCGCGGAUAUGCCUUGAAUUCUGUCGCCCAUUUUCACAGCCGUAACGGUGCGGUGAUGUGGCGGCUGAACUGGUUGGCCGACCUGAGCACUAGGGGUCUGUCCAACUCGUGCGGAAUGAUGGUUAACUACCGGUACUUCUUGGAGAAUAUCGACAAUAAUAGCCAUUUGUAUACUGAGACCAGACAUAUAGCGGCAGAUAAACAGCUAUUGAAAUGGGUUCCCAAGCCUUUGAACGCUAAACUAUAAACACAUGAUAACACUGUGUUUGUGAUUAUGAUUGAGAUUAUUAUUGUUACAAUAUAUCUGUUAUUAUUUUCAGAGCUUUUUAUCU